GAGCAGCGGGGCAAAAAGAGAUUUCACCGAUCGAGUUGGGCGCCAGAGCUCCGCGUAUUCGGGUCGGUUUAGUUGGUGAAGAAGAAUCAGAACAGGACACACACACAGGAUUAUUAAGGACAAUGGCACUUUUCCGUUACAGCACGAGGCGAUGCUUGGAGCUGCAGAAAUUGUCCACUGCGAUAGCUCUGCGUUCAUUAUCUGCAGAAUCAACGGAUUUAAGAAAAGUGAUGGCUGAAAAAAUUCCUGUCGAACAAGAACGAAUUAAAUCCUUCCGUAAACAAUUUGGUGCGACAAAAGUUGGCGAAGUUACUGUCGAUAUGAUGUAUGGUGGAAUGAGAGGAAUCAAAGGUCUAGUUUGGGAGCCAUCGGUAUUGGACGCCGAUGAAGGAAUUCGUUUCCGUGGCAAAUCAAUUCCUGAAUGUCAAAAAUUAUUACCAAAAGCUGCUAAUGGUGCAGAACCACUGCCCGAGGGUCUAUUUUGGCUAUUAAUUACAGGCGAUAUACCAACUGAUGCUCAAGUUAAAGCACUGUCAAAAGAAUGGGCAACAAGAAGUGCAUUACCAAGUCAUGUGACAAAAGCACUCAAUGAUUUUCCAAAAUCCCUUCAUCCAAUGACACAAUUUUCAGCGGCAAUCACUUUAUUAAAUAGCGAAAGUGAAUUUGUCAAAGCCUAUACGAAUGGUGUACAUAAAAGUAAAUAUUGGGAAACUGUACUUGAGGAUUCAAUGAAUUUAAUUGCUAAAUUGCCAGUUGUAGCGGCAACAAUUUAUCGUAAUAUGUACAAGGGUGGAAAGGGUAUUGGCUCAGUUGAUUCGAGUCGUGAUUGGUCAUGGAAUUUCUCGACAAUGUUGGGUUUCGAUAAUCCCGAAUUCAUUGAAUUGAUGCGUCUUUAUUUGACAAUUCAUUCGGAUCAUGAGGGUGGCAAUGUUUCGGCGCAUACAACACAUUUGGUGGGUUCGGCAUUAUCGGAUCCUUAUUUAUCGUUUGCUGCCGGUAUGAAUGGUUUGGCUGGACCACUUCAUGGACUUGCCAAUCAGGAGGUACUUGUUUGGCUACAAAAACUUCGUGGCCAGGUAGGCGAAAAUCCAAGUGACGAGAAACUCAAGGAAUUUAUUUGGAAUACAUUAAAGAGUGGACAAGUUGUUCCUGGUUAUGGACAUGCUGUACUUAGAAAAACCGAUCCAAGAUAUACCUGCCAGAGGGAAUUCGCCUUGAAACAUUUACCCAACGAUAGUUUAUUCAAGUUGGUAUCGCAAGUCUACAAGGUUGUACCUCCAAUUCUAUUGGAAACCGGAAAAGUAAAGAAUCCCUGGCCAAAUGUUGAUGCUCAUUCAGGAGUACUUUUGCAAUACUACGGAAUGAAGGAAAUGAAUUAUUACACUGUUCUCUUUGGUGUAUCCCGCGCUCUAGGUGUACUUGCCUCUCUUGUUUGGUCCCGAGCUCUCGGUCUACCAAUUGAAAGGCCAAAAUCUCUUAGCACUGAUCUCCUCAUGAAGGCCGUUAAGGCUUAAAAAAAAAAAAAACAACAACAACAGCAAAUAUCAUCAUCCCCCUCCAAGAAAAAAAAAAAAAAAUAAUUUAUCUCCACUCGAAGUCAUUGUAAAUCAUCGAAGAUCACGUCAUCGGAAGGAUUCUUUUUGCCGAAGAAAAGAAAACAAAAACCUAGACGAAAAAAAAAAAAAUGUAGAAAAAUUGAAACACCUGGCAUAGUAGAAAUUAUUGUAUCACCACGUGUUCGAAAAAAAUAGCGAAACUAGAAAAAAAAAAACACACAAAAAGCAUUGUUUGUGUUCAAAAACAAACAUUGCUCACAAGACGAGUAUUCAUUCGUAUCAGUAAUUAAAGAAAAAAAAAAAAAAAAUUUUUCUCUUCAACACUGCUAAACUUUUUAUGUAGUACGAAAAAUACGACAAAAUCGUAUAAAAUUAUAAAUUAUUUAACGAAAUGUUAUUUAGCAUGUGAUGAAAAGAGAGAACAGAUAGACAAUAUAUUGCAUAUAAGUAUUAGUGAGAACUUAAUCCGUUGAUGCAAAAAAAAAAAAAAAACCCUAACACUUGUUGUCUAGAAUAAAUAUUAUAGAUUUCAAAAAAGAAAAAGGCUCUUGUCUUUUUGGUGAAACAAAAGGAAGACAGUGAUCAGCACUGAAGCCAAAUUGAAUAAUAUUUUGGUGCUAAUAGCACUGAAAUUGAAAAAAAAAAAAAUCCUACCCUUAUUAAUUCCUCUUCAUCCACUGAAAGCCUGUAAUCAUUAAAAUUGUGUCAAAGCGUCUUUUUUUUUUUUAUUUAGAAAUAUAAAUUGACAAAAUAUUAGAAAGUGCCUGAUGCACAUGUUUUUAGAUAAAAAAAAAUAAACCCGAUAAAUAACUAACGAAGCAAUUCGAUGUGACAAGUCGGCUCAACACGUUUAUUGUUAAUUAGGGAGAAUGAGCCGUGGUAGAUCCACGGCUGCGAGUAUGAAUGUGUGUGUGCUGCGCUUUAUUUAUAAUGAAAAUCGAAAAUAAAUAGAAAUCAGAAUUCAA